AUGGCGCUGGAGACGCGGAAGCUCUACGUCGGCGGCCUCCCGCCGUCGGCGCAGCAGGAAGAACUCCAGGAGCACUUCAGCCGCUACGGCGAGGUGCUGCGCGUCCGUGUCGUCCGCGACUGGGAGACGGGCCAGUGCCGCGGCUUCGCGUUCGUCGAGUUUGCCGACGACGAGGGCCCGCGCGCCGCGCUUCAGGAGAAGGAGAAGGACAACCAUGUCUUCGGCGACCGCACGGUGGAUGUUAAACGAGCUCGGACCAGGCCAAUGCGAUACCAAAAUGAGCAAUCAUUCUACCAAUACGCUUUAAAUCAGAGCCCAAUUCAGAGCCCAAUUCAGAGCCCAGUUCACAACCAGUGGUACACUCAGUCUUCUAGUAACAACUCAUAUGCUGGUAAUGGUCAUAGAACUUGUGAUCCAAACAAGGUCUUUGUUGGUGGGCUACGAGGUAAUGUUACCAAGGAGCACCUCCAGAGCUAUUUUGAGAAGUUUGGUAGAAUAACAGAUGUUGUUGUGAUACGUGAGGGGGCUAGUCAGAGAUCAAGAGGCUUUGGUUUCAUUACAUUUGAUUCAGAGGAGGCUAUGGUAAAUGUCUUGGAGAGUAAAUUCCAUGACUUGAACGGUACAAAGGUUGAAACUAAGAGAGCUAUUCCCAAGGGUCAUAGCUACUACCAGGAUAGGCUACAAUAUAAUCCUAUGAUAUGGAAUGGCAACAAUCCUCCCAUUGGCUUUGCUGGAGCAUACCCACCUCACAUGCAGCAUAUUGUUAAUAAUCAUUAUGUGAUGCCUAUGCCACAAUACAUGUGCUUACCAGAGUAUGUCUACAUGAUGAAUGGAGGAGUCCCCUUGACAAGGCAAGGUUCACUCAAUACAGGCUACGGAACACAAAUUGGAUAUGGUUAUGAUCAUGUGAAUACAAAUCGUUUUGGUGCUCAACUUGGGGAAGCUAAAAGUGAUAACAAAUUGAUUGAAGACAUAACAGAGCAACAAGUGGACCUACCAGCUACCAGGCAAGAAACUUUGGGCAUGGAUGACCAGGCUACUGUUACAACAUUGUAA